GUCAGGUGUGUCAGUUUAACACACAAAGAGAGAAGAGCAGAGUUCUGUACUCCACAAGGUCAGUCAUGCAGUCCUACAGUUCUGCUUUCUAUAUCCUGAUCUACCUGAUCGCUACUUUCACUACGGUGUCUGAAUCAGUUGAUCCUCCAGUGAAGGUGAAGCUUCAUGACUCUGCUACUCUGUCCUGCUCUGAGAGAUGCUCUGGUUUGGUCAGAUGGACUGUGUUUCAUAAACGCAGUGACACUCUGGCUGAGUGUGAUCAGACUUCAUGUAGAUCAGUGAAGGAGGGAUAUCAGAUGAUCCAUGAUCAGUACCUGAAGGGGAAUCUCUCUCUCACCAUCACUGACGCUGAUCUCACUAAGAGAGGCUGGUACACGUGUGAUUGUGAUGGUAAAGAUCUCUGUGAUGUGAAUCUUCAGAUUGAGCCCUUGAAAACUCAAGUUCAGAUAAAGCCUAAUGAGUCUCUGGUGAUGGAUUUGGACAUAUCAGAUCCAGUGAAAGUGAUUUAUAACAGUUCAGACCCAGCAGGACAAUCCAGUGGUCAGAUCUGUACAGUGGAUGGACGCUCACUACAGUGUAAACCUGAAUACACACAGAGAGCGUCUCUAACAUCUGUUCUUGAGCUGAGAGCAGUGACUCCAUCUGAUAGUGGAGUUUAUACUGUAAUGGACACCAGAAAUGAAGAGGUCAUUCACAUCUACGAGGUGACCAUCCAAGAUCACUCAUCAGAUCUGGACAGAGAUAGAGGACCUGCUGCACCAGUGAGGGUGAUUAUAGUGCUGGCUGUGAUGGGGACUGGGUUUCUAACUGUGACUGUGGUAUUAGUGGUAUUAGUGAUGGUGAAUGUGAGGCUGAAGAGAGAAAAUCAUCAGCUCCGCAUGAAAGACACAAAGAACAGAGUGGAAACUAAUGAACGCAGUGAUUCCACUGAGGAGGAGAAACUAAACGUUAACCCAGAAGUGGAGAGAUCAUUACCACCCAAACACAGGACGGGUACAUGA